CUACUAGUUCGUACUGUGCUUUCAGCAGCAUUUCAGUUUCAUUCCUGGCCGGCGUUCCCUUGCUUAUUACCCUCUUCUGCUACCGAGUUCUAGAGUCUCCUCCUCUCGGUGCGCUUGGGAUCAGCUGACCAGAGAUACGAAAUUGUUGUGCAAUUGGUCGACAUAUCAUCGCGAGCUACCCAUGGCUACCACGAUAAACGACCUCCCCGAGAACUGCCUCGCCACGAUUCUUUCCUUCCUCACUCCAGCGGCCGUCGGUCGAACCGCGUCGGUCUCCAAGAUGUGGCUAUCAGCCGCCAAGUCGAGCACGUGCUGGGACCGCCUCAUCUCCAAUGGUCUUCCUCCGUGCUUUCGCGAAACUCCGGCAGCCCUCGCAAAAGACGAACGAGGCCUUCGCGAUACGCUCGGCGAAGGGUUGAUGCUCGACGACGGGCGUUACCACAUCAAGAUGGACCCUGCGACGUCGCUGAUCACCGUCAGCGUCAGCGUCGCACAGGUCUUCGAAAUCCUGUGGGAGGAUCGCGACCAGGAUCGCAUGCGACGGCACGACAUCACCGGUGCGAUCUUCGACGACGCGUCGCACGGAAUCGUCAUCCACUGGCUGAGCACCUGCGGGAAAAUCGACCUCCCGUUUAAACUCCGAAGCGGGUACUACCGCAUGUCGUGGCGCGUCGCACAAGACAACGACGGACCGCGGAGGUCCACAAGUCCGAAGCGCAGAUUUUUGCGGUCGCAGGAGGAGCCGUUGAUUAGUCAAGUGCGCGACGCGACGACUGGACACGUGGUGCAGCAUGAUCUUGACGACAUUCGCCGAUGGAUCUCGACCACGCCCACGUGGACUCGCAUGCCGGCAGGCCUGCUGCGCGUUGGCGACGGGGGAUCGUCGGGUAACGCGGCGUUGGAGUUCGCGAAUGUUCGCGUGAUUUCGACCCUGACGGAUAUUUCGCGACAGCGGCGAAAGCGCGGCCUGUACCUGGACGCGUUCGUGCUGGAGCAGAUUUCUGUGUAACCCUACCUUCGCAAUAUGGACUCAGAGACGAAGAGGCGAAGAGGUGGCGAUCAGAGGUGGCGAGAAAGCUUUCACGAGAGGUGGCGCUUUACCCAGCAAGGCGAAGAGUGAUGCGACCAAUCCUACUUCGCAUGGGAUGGUUACCACUUCGUCCUGCGAAUCGACCACCCGAGUGAGUUCAGCACAGAGGGUGUGGGUAUGGCGUAACUUGAAGCCCGUAAGGAACAAUCUGAAAUGUUUCGAACCAAUUAAUGGAGCAUGAGAGGCAUAAACGGAUGGAAAUUGGCGGGAAGAGAGGCGGGAGGAGGGGGGUGAGGAGGGGGAAAUCCGCGUGAGGACCCAAUGGUUUGAGAUUGACGGCGCUGCUAGUGCUGUUGUUGGUACGGCCGAAGAAAGUGAAACGAGAUGGGGCGUGAUGGGGCGUGUUUCGGUAUUGGCUUUAACGGGACGAGGGCGCGAAGCGGAGAAGGGUGUGUUGCUGCGGUUUCGGAAGUCCGGUGUUUCGGGAAUUGAAGGGUGUCUGAAGAGCGAGGAGGAGACGGGUGCGUCAGCGUUCCGGCGCUCCCCAGGGGAUGGCAUGGCACGUUUUUCGGAGCUCGGGAAAUGAAAGCAGUUGGGCUCGGGAGGGAACAGGAGGGAUGGGCGGAAGGCGCGAGCUCGGUGAUGGGCGGCGAAAUACGGCGGUGUUGCGUCGCUGACGACGGCGGAUUGACUAGAAUUUCGAGUGGUUGUGGGGCGACUGCGUCUGUCGGUAGAACGCGAAGCAGAAGCAGGAGAGCGCAUGCAUGGCUGAGUCGGCAAAUCAAGCAAGGAUUAGAGGUGAAGCUCUGUGGGAAUCGGGUGUCAUCAACCUCAUUCAGCAAUCGGGUUCCUUGAACUGCGUUUGUCCUCGAUAGUAACUUAGUGGGCUGUACAGUUUAACUCGGGUGGCGAAGUCACCUACCGAUUGAUAUUAAUUUACCAGAAGUAGGGGUAUAUUGAGGGUUGUGGGGUUAUGUCUUGGGCUGAAUAAUUUGAAAAGCAGCGUGGUACUGAUCUUCCUGUUAUAAUUCAAUACUGUGGAACUGAUA